UUGUGUGGUUGAAAAAUAAAUGAAAAAGAAAAGAAAAGAAAAGAAAAAAAGUAUAGUCACAGCUCAAAACAUCAACGGCUUUCAUCGAAUUCACGAGACGCCGGUGACGCACCCGCGCGUGACGGAAUUCGAUCGAAUCGGGAUUUUGUUGCAAUCAUGACUCAGGCUGUGGAGGUUCUAAACCGGUAUGGAACGGAUCUUGUUGGUGAAGCCAGGGGUUCUGAUUCUGAGUGUUUGGCGGGUUUUGAGUGUUUCUUGAACAUCGUGAGGGCACUGGGGAUGGGGUCAUGCAUCUCAGAGGCUGGUGGUCACUCUCCUCCCCUUCUUCCAAUCCAGCCAGACACCAAUAUGGAUGGUGGGAAGAAGAGGAGGUUGAAGGGUUCCCCUUCCUUUGAUUACAAAGUGCCUGGGAGAAUGCACCUGAAUGGGUCCAGCGAUGUUGCAUCUAUGUACUGCAAGCAAGGUAGAAAAGGGAUCAACCAAGAUGCUAUGCUUGUUUGGGAGAACUUCUGUUCAAAGGAGGACACCAUUUUUUGUGGUGUUUUUGAUGGUCAUGGACCUUAUGGCCAUAGGGUUGCAAGGAAAGUCAGGGAUUCUUUCCCUUUAAAACUUAGCGCUCAAUGGGAUUUCCACCGCAAGAGUACAGAUGGGCUGAGUGAUCAGGGCAGUGCCGCAGGAAGUUACAAAUCUGAAGAGAUUGGGUUUAGACUGGUUGAUGAGAAACCUAGAUUGACUGAUCAUGAGCCUGAUGGAACAGAUACUAUCUUGACAUUAAAAGAAUCCUUUUUGAAGGCUUCUAAGAUUAUGGAUAAGGAACUGAAACUGCAUCCUGAUAUUGAUUGCUUUUGCAGCGGGACUACAGCUGUUACCUUGGUUAAGCAGGGCAAGGACCUUGUUAUUGGAAAUGUUGGGGACUCCAGAGCUAUAUUGGGUACCCGAGAUCAUGAUGAUAAUCUUAUUGCUGUUCAAUUGACAAUUGACCUCAAGCCAAAUCUUCCCAGGGAAGAAGAGCGAAUCAGGCUUCGUAAAGGAAGGGUCUUUCCCCUUCAGAAUGAACCGGAUGUUGCUCGAGUUUGGCUGCCUAACUCUGAUUUCCCUGGUCUUGCUAUGGCAAGGGCUUUUGGAGAUUUUUGCUUGAAGGACUUUGGACUGAUUUCAGUUCCAGAUGUGUCAUAUCAUCGCCUUACUGAGAAUGAUGAAUUUGUUGUAUUAGCAACAGAUGGGAUAUGGGAUGUUUUAUCAAAUGAAGAGGUUGUGGACAUCGUGGCAUCUGCUCCACGCCCUUCUGCGGCUCGAUCACUGGUGGAGUCAGCUGUUAAAGCAUGGAGGAUGAAGUUCCCUUUGUGCAAGGUUGAUGAUUGUGCUGCAGUUUGCCUCUUCGUUGAUUCAAAUUCGGACUCGGGUUCGGCAUCGACCGCAGAUGACUCAACACUAGAGCCACCAAUUGACCAAUCCGAGCAGUCUUCUCUCCUUAGCGAGAAGGGAACUGGCGUGGAUGCUGAAAAACAGCAACAAUAGCUUAGCUUUUGUACCAUGUCUCUUCCCAAGCCUUGCUGGUUUUAUUGAGAAGGUUGGGAGAAUUAUGCUGCAACAGUAAAAAUGGGUCAUUGUUUUGAUGAUUUUUAUUUUUUGGUAGCUUUUCUGCCAAUAUUCUUUUCAUUAUUUAUCUUUUCCCUUUCCUUCAACAGUAUAUGAGGGGAAAGAAGGGCUUCAGUAUGUGUAUUAUAUCCGGAGGAAAAAGGGUGCCGGGCUUAUUUUUUUUGGUGCUGGAUGUCGUUUUCCUUCUGUGUAGCUUUGUUAGAUUUGGAGUUUUGUAAAUCCAAGUCUCUUUGAUCCUCCUUAUUAUAUAGUGUGUCCGUUGGCUAUCUGAAA